AAAAGUCAGUUGCAACAAAGAAUUAUUUGAUUUUCUGUCAGUUACCAAGUGAUCUCAGAUGUUUUGUUCUGUCUGAAAUGGUUGAAAUAUUUAAAAAGCAUUGUACUUCUGAGUAAUUCUGAAAAUCCAUGGUUUCCUUCAUAUCUGGUUCUUCUCAUGCGCCAUCUCCACGGGAAUUCUGGAUGAUGAGUAUGUGUUAUAAACUUAUAAUCCAAAUACCUGCUCGGUCAGCUUCUGAAGAUGGGAAGUUCAGAGUUCAAGCAAACAAAGGUCGAAGCCACAUGGUUGAUGGUUGCGCAAGAUUCCCUUCAAAGUUGCAAAUGCUGUCCAUCAUAAGCUCAGUUAUUAUUUUGAAAAUGUAAGCAUUUCUGGACCACAAAGAGGUUUGUGCAUUUGAACACCUCUACAUUUGUUAGCAUUACUAGACGAAUUGCAAGCAUGCCAGCAAUUUUAUGAAGAGACAAGAGUGUAAGGUUGGACAACGGCUGUUAGCAGAACCAGAUAGCACAAUGCUGGAACAUGCGGAUGAAGUCAAUGACUCCUUACACCAGCAAGACGAAACCACACGUCUCGACACCCUCGUGCAGAUGAGUUUGCCACUAACAACUAAGACACGGCUGCAGCAUGCCAGCGACAAAGCAUGAAGAGGGCUAGUCAUCAUACACAUGAUCAAGCUGUCUAGCUCAUCCAGCACAAAAAACUGAUCCUCGUGUGCGAGUUUGCCCCUGAUAAUUAAGACACUUUCGACAAGCCCAUAUACUCGUUCAUAAAUGUAUGAAACGAUAAGAAGACAGCAGAGCGGCAUAGACUUGCCUUGAAGAUGGGGGACAAACUCUCGGGGCUUGAACUGACAAGGUUCCACUAAAUGAUAGCUUGAGCAUGUAAUUAUGUGAAGAUCCCUUAUCAAACUAUACCAUUGUUAAUUAGUCCUUGCUGCCAAUUAGUGGAACAUGAGAUGACUUUUGUGUUGGGAUCUCUAUGCUUCUGCCGGAUCUCAAGGCUGAUGUAAUGGCAUGAUUCUUCAUGUCUACUAAUCAGAUGCUGCAGCACAGCUGUACACAUAUCUUCUGUAUAAAUAGGCGUCAGCAGAAUGGUAGAUGCAUCAAACUAGAACUCUUCUUUCUUCCUCCUCUCUUCGACCACAAUACCGAGCAAAUAUUCAAGCUCAGACAUGGCUUUCCACCAAAGAUCGACAAGUUUGCCUUCUAGGCCUCACGUCAGUGAGACCGAAGUCGAGCUAGAGCUUCAGAGCCUAGAAGCAAGCAUCUCUUCCUCUAAUUCCAUCAGCACGAUGUGCGAUGGUCUCAGGACUCUUGCAAACAUCUACGAUGGUCUCGAAGAAAUCAUCUGCCUACCAAGCAACCAAGUUUGCUCCUCCCAGCAUAGGAGCAUGUUGGAUGGAGAAAUGGACGGUUCUCUUGAGCUGCUAGAUCUCUGCAACGCCAUGCAAGAGAUCUUCGUCGAGAUGAAGGCCAUCAUCCAAGAACUGCAACUGGCUGUAAGGAAAGGUGAUGACGCAGCUAUUCAGGCCAAGAUCCAAUCCUACACCCGCUUGGUGAAGAAGUCGAAGAAUCUUUUCAAGAAGACUGCAAAGAAGGCUCCUGCAGAUUGUAGCAUGGUCAUGCUGUUGGCCAAGGCUAGAGAGAUCUCUGUGUCUCUGCUGGAGUGCACACUCCAUCUCUUGUCAAAGCAAAUCGAAAUGCCUAAACAGUCUCUUGUUUCCAAGGCAUUUCACAAGAAGAAGGCAGCUGUUUGCAAGGAGGAGCAAUUGUUGUGGCUAGAGUGCAGUAUCGGAGAUCUCGAGAGUGGAGCAGGACAUCUGUUCAGGAAAUUAGUCCAGAGCAGAGUUUCCCUACUCAACAUCCUUAGCUCGUAGAUACUCCCAAGUCACUCUUGGCGCCCUCCGAUUGGCACCCGCCUUUUUAAGGAAUAGCUGAUCUUCAUACAAUUUUGCCAUAUGUAUAUAUACACUAUACUGUACAAAUGUUCAUGAUACUACAAAAAGAGAAAGAAAAGUUUUGAUCCA